GGGACAUGCAAUUAAUCUUCCUUUAAUUGCCUCAUUAAAUGCAAUUACUCAUUAAUUCAUUAAGUAAUACCCACGUAAUUUACAAAUGUGAAAAAAAAAAAAGACAAAACAAAUCCCGUAUAUCCCCAAUUUGCACAAAAAACAGCCAUUAAAACCCCCCACAACCCAUAUACAAACAAUUAAAUACAGCUAAAACGGAAAUAUUGAGAGAAAAGAACUAGACAUACGAAAGGGGGGAAAUUGAACUUCACCAGAAACCAAACAACACACAGAGGCUUUCGUUAUCCACUCUCUCACGAAAAUAUCUUUCUCAAAAAUUUCAAGAAAAUUUUUCAGGGUUUUAUAUCUUCUUCCUGUGAAUUAGGGUUUCAAGAAAUCUCAAUCGCAAAUUUGUUAGAAAUCGAUCAUGGGUUCUGAUUCAAUGAUGAACAAGGGUUCUGUUCCUGUUUGCCCCAAGGAAUUCGGCAAGAAAAAAAGGACAAACAGGUUGGCGAAAUUGAAGCAAGAAAAACUCGAUGCGCGGAGAGAACAAUGGCUAUCUCAAGCCAAAAACAAGGGAUUUAAGGAGGAAUUGAGUGGGGGGAACGAUUCAGUUCUUCCAGUAUCUUUACCACCUUCAAAAAAUGAGAGGAAUUUGGAGAUGAAAUCAACAAGGGGUGAAAAUGUUGUGGAAUUCAUAAUUAAUUGUGGUGGUAGGGUUGAUAGUGUUUUGGGUGGGAAUGAUACUAGAAAAGAACGUCCAGGGAGUAGCAGUGGAAGUUGCAGUAGUAGUAAUGGAUGUUUUUCUGGAACCAUCAGCGAAGAAGAGGAAGAGGAAAGAGUAGAAGAUGAUGACGAUGGAUGUUUGGAUGACUGGGAGACAAUGGCUGAUGCCUUAAUUGCAGAUGAAAAGGAGAAAGCCCCUAAAUCUGAUCCUUUUGCUGCAAAAAAAGUCUCUGCUGAAUUGGCCAAACCUGAACGUAACAGGGCUGUAUUGAAUCCUGAGGCAAAACCUCGUGCAUGGAGGCCUGAUGAUGCUUAUCGUCCACAGAGUUUACCUAAUCUUGCAAAACAACUUAGUUUACCAACGAAUUCUGAUAGGCACUGUGGUCGUGGAGGUGUUAAUUGGGCUUGCCACGUUAUAACAUCACCACCUUCAUCUUGUCCUAUCUGCUAUGAAGACUUGGAUCUGACGGACUCGAGUUUUCUCCCUUGUUCUUGUGGAUUUCAUCUUUGCCUCUUCUGUCAUAAGAGGAUUCUUGAAGCUGAUGUGCGUUGUCCGGGUUGCAGAAAACAGUAUGCUGAUCCUUUAAACAAGGAUACAGGUGUUGGUGGAGGAGCUGCUCCUUCUAUCCGGUUUGCUCGUUCGUGUAGCAUGAAUACAAGGUCUUAGGAAUAGAACAAAGUCCCUUUUUUUGUUGUGGAAUGUGUUUGUUGUUUUUCUCGUGUCUUAUGUGUCGUCUUCACAGUUAGAAAUUUCAUUGAGGAAGAUGUGAAUACAGGGAUAUGGAUUUGACGAGGCACUGGAGGAACUGAACUUGGUAUGUUACCGAGUUAUAUGCUUCCUCGUAUGAUGUUUGUGCUGAUGUAGAUGACAUGCGGGCAUGUGAAUAGAUAUGGUGGUAUAGACAAUGAAUACAUCAAAAUCCAGUACAAUAUUUUCAAAUCGAUAAGUGUAGUUAUAUGCUCAAAUAAUUAGUGUCAUUGUGCAUUUACUAUCUGCUUUAUGCUUGUAGCAUUGGAAUUUUUGUGUCCAUUAUGCAGAACAAUAAACUGGAAUAUUUGUAAUAUUUUCAGCUCUUGGUGAUCCAUUUCAUCAGAAUGUUAUCUUGUAUGAAACAAUAAACUUUAAGCUGAACAAUCAUAAUGAAGUACUUGCAUUUCACAA